AUGGAGAAUCAAAAUGUGGACUCAAAAAAUAGAGGUGAUAUGCCUAUUGAAAAUGAUAAUUUGGAUAAUCAAAAUGUUGUUUCUAACAAUGACUGUGAUGAGGAUUGGGAGGAUAAUAGUAAUGAUAAUGAAAAGCAAGCAACCCCAUUUGAACCUUUGGUUUAUAUAUUUGAUCCAAGAAACUGGGAUGUCCUUGAUUCUAAAAUGAUUGAUGUAUUAGUAAUGAAAGGUCCUAAAAGAGAUCUUUCUAUUGUUUUCAAAAGAGGGAUUGGUAGAGGUCAAUUGACGAACCAGGGUUUUAGUGAUUGGGCACAUAUUGGUGGAAGACUUAGAGAGCACGAGACAGACAUAGACUUGAGGAAGCAGAAUGAAGAAAACGGAGCUAAGAAUGACAAGAGUAAUCUUGAAGUGGGUACUGCUAGGAGAUUGGAGAUGUUGUAUCCACCUAAAUAG